UAUUGGAACUUCAAACGGGUGGGGUGGGUGUAUGUUUGUGGCCAAUCUUGUGGUAGGGCUGCUGGAAUACUACUUACCUGAUUGUUUAUACUUCCGGGAAAUUGAUGGACAGACACGGAGGGGAGAGGCGCGCCGAUCACUUAGCUACCACGUCAUCUUUUCCUACCGACAGUGCCCACUACUAUCACGACUUUCGCCAAGACCACUUGCACGGCGCCCAUCACUACCACCAACCCGACCACCGUCACCACCAUAAUUUGAACAGCGAGCAGAAUGCUUCAACUGGUUACCACCUCAACGCCAGCUCCAAUCACUCGCUUCCCCUUUCGGGCCAGAAGAGACUACUUUCUCACCCUAACGGUGUUGACUGUGGCGGUUUUGUGAAGCUAUACGUGGUAGGAAUUCCAAGAGAAGCUACUGAACAAGAUAUUGGCGCUGUAUUUGGAGAAUAUGGACACAUUCUUGAGGUUGUUCUUCUCAAGGAUAAACGGACCGGUUUACAGCAGGAGUGCUGCUUUGUGAAGUAUGCAACCAUAGAGCAAGCUGAACGAGCUAUUGGUGCAUUUCACAGUCAAUAUACUUUUCCUGGGGCAUUGAUUCCUAUAAAAGUUAAAUAUGCAGACGGGGAACGCGAACGCCUUGGGAGCUUUGGUGCACAUGUCCACAAAUUGUAUGUUGGCUGCUUGAAUAGACAAUCUUCAAAAUGGGAAAUUGAAGAAAUAUUUUCGCCAUUUGGUGUUAUUGAAGAGAUUUUCAUUGUCCGGGAUGAAUUCAAGCAAAACCGAGGAUGUGCAUUCGUCCAAUUUUCUUCUAGACAUAUGGCAGCUGCUGCAAUUCAGGCUUUACAUGGAAAAUUUGUGAUGAGAGGAUGUGAUCAACCGCUGAUAGUUCGGUUUGCAGAUCCCAAGAAGCCAAGGAUAGGGGAUUCAAGGCCUGCUCCAUAUAUGAAUGAUCCUUCUAAUGGGCCUAUGCAAUCUAAUGAAAAACAACACGUGAAGUCUUCACAUUCAGGAUGCAAGACGACAACAAUUACAAGCAAUGGUACUACACCUGUGUCUCAUGCAUGUGAUUCAGUUGCCGAGAUAGAACACACUAUAGAAUGUGACUGGAGCGAGCAUGUCUCACCUGAUGGAGACUUGUAUUAUUAUAAUUGUGUAACAUGUGAAAGCAGAUGGGAGAAGCCUGAGGAGUAUGCACUUUAUGAACAAGAACUGGACAAUUUUGAAGACCAGCAACAACAGCUGCAGGAAUCAAAACUACACGUCCAUUCUUCCCCAGAGGUGUCUGAAGCACAAAAGGCAUAGCUGAAGCUCAGAAACUCGAUGACAAGAGUUGCAGCAGGGUCUACUGCCAUCCUGAGAUAUAGCUCCUUCACCUGCUAUGCAAUGGACCAGGAAGAAGUUUUGUGGUGAACAUUUUACUGGAAUUGGUGAAAUUGAGGGGAAGUGCACUGUACUUAUCUGGAUGCCCACUUAAUUGCAACCUUCACUGAUUCUUAACAACAAGACCUAGACAUGCUCACUUAUAAUGGUUGUUUUGGCAACUUGUAUAUUUAUGUUAUAUUAUCUACUGUGUUGGCAUGUGUCUUGCUAAUUCUUACCACUUGCCAAUUACAAAAGGUUUCAUACUGUUUCUUAUGCAUCACAUCCAAUCUUCGACAUGCAUUUCCAUGAGGAGUGAUUUCCUAUGGGCUUGGUCGGUCAGGUGAGGUGUCUCUUUGCAUUAGUAAUACCUUUCAAUUGCAAAGGCAAAUGCGGCCUGAAUGUGGGUGCCUGAGCCUAUAUGAUGAUUCAUUCUA